AAACCAAAGAAGCCUGGUAUUGAUUGGUCCUGGUUCAGAUCGAUGGCAGAAGCUGGGCUGUGAUUGGCCAAGCGCUCUUACUGUGAUAAUUGCCCGCGAAUUUAAAAGACCCCGCGUCAGUUGUCUGCUGGGACCGUCAUCCUAGGACCCUACGCCAGCACUGUGUACGGUUUCAUCACAUCUGGUGUGUAACCGACUACUAGCAAAUCCCCUUUAUAGCCAUGGAUGAAUCAGAGAACACUGCGCCUACAAAGCCGUUUGAAUACUGUCAUAAAAGGAAUCGGCCUUGUUCCAAGCCGAAGGGCCACCCCAGCAGAUGUGACUCGAAGCGGCCAUUGGAGCAUCGGCAUCAGUUCUGGCUGAACAGCGCUAAGCAUCAGAAACAACAAGAACAGGAAAAGGACAACAAUGUGGCACUCGAGAACACACAACAUUCAGAUGUUCCAGAAACGCCAGCCAAAGAGUCCAUUGCUCCAGCCAAACAUCAAAAUACCACAGUUACAAGGACACAACAGUCUUUAGAGCCAGGUGUGACACAAACGCCAGUCAAGGAGUCCAUUGUUCCAACCAAACAUCAAAAGACCACAGUGACGAUUGCAAGGACGAAAACGCGUCCGAAGAAAUCGGCGCGGUCUAAAAACAGCUUGCCCAGUCAGGCUACGGCGAUAGCUCCUUGGAUGUAUACCGAGCGUUACAAAACCAAACAGAAGAGGGAAUACGAAGAGCUUCUGGAGAGAAAGAAGGAUUUGGAGACGGAGGUGAGAAGACUAGAGACUAAGGUGGGACGGGAGACAGGAGUCGGCAUGGUGGCAGCAGGUUUCCAUAAGAACGGCCUGUGAACGAGAGCAGCUAAAGGCAGAGCGAGAGGAGCUGCGUAUCCAAGGCGAAGUACUGAAGGCAAAGCACAAGUUGUCAGCAGAGCAUUGCCGCGUGUGUCACUCAUUGUCAUCUAGCUGAAGUACAUCGAUAUCAAUCAUUUGUCAUAGUGUGUACUGUGUAGUCAAACAUGCACAAGAGACAAACUUUAAGUACAUACAUACAUCAUCGACCAGCGGUCGGAACCAGGCAAGUACAGAUUUCAACCAACUUUAAGUACCAAGAGCAGAACGGGAGGAACUAAAGGCAGAGCGGGAGGAGCUUCGUAUCCAAGGCGAAGUACUGAAGGCAAAGCACAAGUGGGCAGCAAAGCGUUGUCGUGUGUGUCACUCAUUGUCAUCUAGCUGAAGUACAUCAAUCAUUUGUCCUAGUGUGUAGUCAAACAUGUACAAGAGACAAACUUUAGAUAAGGACCAAAAGCAGAACGGGAGUAGCUAAAGGCAGAAUAAAAGGAGCUGCUCAUCCAAGGCGAAGUACUGAAGGCAAAGCACAAGGUCAAGGGGUCAGCAUAGCGUUGCCGCGGGUGUCACACAUUGUCUGAAGCAUAUAAAGUAUUUGUCGUAGUGUAUAUCAUCAGUCACUGGGUUCUGCAUCUAUAGUCUGGAAAGUCCUAUAGCUGCAUUCAGUCUUUCUUCAUCCUUUUCGUAGUGUAUAUACUAAGUAGUUUGUAUACGAAGGGUUUAGUCUGAGUGUUUUUGAAGCGACUCCUGUUAUUACCUGUCUGCUCCGGUGUGAAAAGUAGACAAUAGUGUCGUCCGCAUAUAUAGCCACCUUACAUGACUGUACACAUUUAGGCAGGUCGUUGAUGUACACAAUGAAAAGGAGGGGUCCAAAAAUGAACCCCUGGGGAACACCGCAAGUGUUUUAAAAAUUGUGCGCAACAAGGACAGCUAACAAUGAUUUGAGCAACGUGGGAUCUUUCACAUGCAUACAAAGAAAGACAAUAAAAGCUAUCUGAAUUGUCUAACCGUUAACAAAACACGUCUGAUUACUUGAGUAUCUUUAGUAUGAUUGUGAAAAAUAAUUACGAUAUAUUGUAAGUACGC